UAAGCAUCCGAGAGCCCGGUGCAAGAUAGAUGACUUUGCAUUGCAAGAUUUACCCAAGAGAUUAUAAAGAGUUCUGGUGUACUAUUUACUCGUCGCUUUGCUCGAGUACAGGAACAUAUAUCUACACGCAAACAUAAACCAGCACAGGAAACUAAAAGACGCUUGUUCGCUUUAAGAGUAUCGAUUUUAGGAAGAGCUUCGCUAGGUCACUAGGGUGCAUAGGAAUAGGGUGUUUGAAUGAGAGUUGCGUUUUUUUUUCUGUUUGGCUCCGAUGCGAGAAAUAACAGUUUCGAGAGAGUGCUAGGAAACUGAAUAACUUAGGAUAGCUAGAGUAUGUAUACAAUGAAUGCGACAAAUAGUGAUUACGAGUUUGGUAUAGUCAUCGAGAAGCAGCCCUACGAGUCGCAGUAUUCGGCGGGAAACUUUAGCAAUGACACAAUUUACAAUGAGAGCGUGCAGAUCUGCUACUAUGCGCUGGAGUGGGAUUACGAUACGACGGUGUUCGAGUUUUGGAUCGGCGGGGUCGUGAUGAACAUCAUAGCCUUGCUAGGGAUACUCGGAAACAUUCUGUCGAUGGUCAUCCUAUCAAGGCCUCAGAUGCGUUCAAGCAUCAACUAUUUGCUGAUAGGACUAGCUCGUUGUGAUACCAUCGUGAUCUUGACCUCGAUGCUGCUUUUCGGCCUACCAGCUAUCUACCCUUACACGGGAUAUCUGUUCUACUACUACUACGUCAUUCAUCCGGUGAUAUCGCCGGUCGUCUUUCCACUGGCCAUGACAGCUCAAACUGCUAGUGUCUAUCUAACGCUAACGGUAACUCUCGAACGGUACGUAGCCGUUUGUCAUCCGCUGCGAGCACGAGCUCUCUGCACCUAUGGCCGAGCUCGGAUAUAUGUGAUAGUGAUACUCAUAUUCUCUCUCCUAUACAACAUGCCCCGGUUCUGGGAAGUUACGGUAUCACCCAUAGAUCAUCCGGACUAUGCCGGCGCGUACUGUGUGAGCGCAUCUUCACUCCGCACUCACUCGCUGUACAUCAAGGUCUACGUCCACUGGAUGUACACCGUAUUCAUAUAUCUGCUGCCCUUCAGCGCCAUUUCUUUCUUCAACAUCAUGAUCUACCGCCAAGUACGGAAAGCCAACCGCGAACGGCAACGACUCUCUCGCUCCGAAAAGCGUGAAAUCGGUCUCGCAACCAUGCUGAUCUGCGUGGUGAUCGUGUUCCUAAUGUGCAACCUUCCGGCCAUGGUGACCAACAUCAUGGAAGCCGUCUACGAUGACAUCAACGAUUAUCUAGUCAAAACGUCCAACCUCCUAGUGACCAUCAACUCGUCCGUCAAUUUCAUCAUCUACGUCAUCUUCGGGGAAAAGUUCAAACGGAUUUUUCUUCUGUUAUUUUGUAAGUCGCGUCUAGGGCGCGAAUCUCCCGACGGUUUCCUCCAUGAGGAUAGUUCCUUUUCCAAUGGCGACGGUAGCAAUCGCAAUUCAGGCCGAUUCCAGCGAGUCGGAACGACCCGCAGCAGCACCACCAAGAUCAGCAACAGCACCCUCGGUAGUAUACGCACGACUCGGACCACGAUCCGGAGCACCCGGGCUCCCUCCCCAGGCCCAAUAGUGUACUACCCAGCCCGGGAAACGCUUCCUAGAGCGCCGGCCGCUGGCAUCGCCCGGAGCACCUCCAUGUUCCAACCGUGCUGGGAUCGGGAGAACGGCAACGGUAUCAUGAUGGCCACUUCCGGCUUCUAGCCAUUGCUCAAGGGCUCCCCGGAAACCUACCAGGAGGAGGAGGCCAAAUUCUAGCCAUUCUAGCGCAUAAGUAGUGUAAAUUUCAGUACUCACGGUUAAGUUGUGGUUAAGUAAGCUAAAGAUA